AGGACCACUACCUCUCCCUUUUCUGUUUCGCUAGUUAUUCGGGCGACCAUGAAUUAUGCCCCCUACAGCCUCCUCAUCAUCUGCAUUGCUGCUUAAUCUUCAACAUUCCUAUUUUUUCCAUUUUCCCAGUCAGAAGUGUCUAGCGAUUUAUUGAAUCUCGCCCAGAUUCGUUCGUUGAAUUGUUGUUGUAUAGUGAAGUAACAACUAAGAAUUUCCGAAGAAUUUUCUACUCUUGUUCUCCAAGGAGUAGACCAUAUCGCACUUCUUUGCUGGUCGUCAGAUAUUGUCCUUCGAAGAACUUCUUUCCGCUUUCUCGUCCCCGAAACAAGCAGCGAGCACCAAUCUUGAAAUGUCGCCUGCAUCGACGUCAACAUCCAAUGUGGCGCACGAAGAACGUCGUUGGCCGGAGGAAGGUCCUGAGCGCCCGUCGGGAGUGGAUGUGGAAGAUGAAGAACUAGAACCCGUGAAAGAAGUAGAAGUAGCUCGAGAUGAUGAACUACAAGACCAUGAAAAUGACAAUUCCAACGGGUCGUGCGGGUCCUGUUCCGCAUCCUCCUCUGAAGAGGAGAUUGACCUAUCGGAACGCCUCUCCAUUGUCCUCGUCACGAGCCCGAUCGGCAUGCACCCGCAAACCACGCUGGUUGAUGGGGUGAUCACCUCCUUCGAUUUGAUCCCGGGACUGCAGAAAUGCCCGCUAGUCAUUGUCGCGGACGGGGUCUGUUUGAUCCCUUCCGAUUCGAAGCGGUUUCUCGAGCGGCCGAAUAAACGACUGCAAGAACGCCGGGAGCAGGAGGAACGACUGAUGGUGAAAAAUUUGCGCAGAAAAAGUUCCAAUGUGGAGAUGGAGAUUGAAAAUAGCGGAGUUCUUGAAGGAGACCACCACGGCGGGAACAGAACGUCGAAAGUCGGCUCUGGUAGAAAUCGUAGCAGAAGAGCCAGCUCUUGUAGUGAGAGUGGAAUUGCAGCUGGUGUACUUGCAGUGUCGUCCACCUCGUCCGCGUCCCCCGGGGGUUGCAGAAGUACAACACCCGGAGAUCUAGUUCAUGAUGAUGCUGAGUCAGCACCAUCUACAACUGCACAAGAACAUUCAUCUACAAUGCGCCCAGCAAAGACAAAAUCCUGCACCAGCACGUCCUCCUCAUCCUCACAGCCCGUGCACGAACGACCGCGGAGGACAAUAGGAGCACUAAGUAACCGGCAAGAAGAUGAUGAGGAGACCACCGAUGCCCAGCGGCGCGCUGCACGGGCGCAGCACACCAGCGUUGUUCGUGUUCCUCAGAGGACCUCCUGCACCCGGUCUGACACGGCGAGCACGAGCUCGGGGGGCCGCGGGUCGGGCAACAACGAAGACGAUGCAGACGAGGACUUAGAGGAGGACGAAGAACCAGAACUACACAGCUGCAACUCGAGCGGUGGAACUACUACACUUGGUCGUGUGCUGCAGCAGGAGCAGCCGCCCUGGAGGAACUACACAGCGAGUAGCCCAGCUGUGGCAGCGCAGGCCGACGCGCCGCAAACCAGGUACUCAGGAACUGCAGAUCAUGUAGAUGAAGAACAUAAUACCACGAAACAAGAAGUAGCAGCGGUCGAAGACAAACUCAAACCGUCGGCCUUCGAACAAAGAGAUCAAGAUGAAGCUCAAGACUCAGGUAGAGAGGACCAGCCUGACGAAGAAGACUUGAGAUCCGCCGGUGAACAAGAUGAAAACGAAGACGAGGAAGACCAAGAUGACCAAGACGAGGACCAGCAGGCGCGGCUGCGGCUGAAGACCAACCAGCGACAGCGGGUGGUCUGGAAGCGCGGGCUAUCAAAUGUAAAAAUGUCUGGUUCUGGAAGAAUGCAAGUUUGUCAUGCUUGUUUGGCAUGACUCGGAAAUCUGUGUUGCAUAGACACGAAAAAGCCCUCUUACCUGUCAUGCAAAAACGCAGUUUGCCAUGCGGAAUACGUAAGACAUGACAGCCAAAAAAUUUGUCAUGCGCAGCUGCGUACUGCAGUGCGUCUAUCAUUCAUUUUUAGCAUUACAAGUUUCCAGACCCAGACAUUUUUGCAUUUGAUACGGGCGGGUGACCAAGGAGGACCUGGACCGGUACACCGAGUACGUGGAGUAUCAACUGGAAAAAUGUCUGGGUCUGGAAGAAUCCAACUUGUCAUGCUGAUUUUGGAUUCUAAAAAAAUCUGUAUUGCGUGAGCAGCAAAGAGAGUCCAAGUUUUGCUACACGGAAAGAGCAUUUGCCAUGCGGUAUAGGCAUCAGGAAGCCCUCACAAAAUCUGUGACGCUAGGGCAUGCAUCACAGACGUCAGGAGUCAUGCAACGUGUGCAUGACAAACCUGGCAAUCUUCCAGACCCAGACACUUUUACAUUUGAUAUGGAGCGGUUGCGCACCAAGUACAGCACCAACCCCGACCGAAAGCGGGAAACCACCGUGCUGGGCCCCUUGCCAAAACACCUCUCCUUCGCGCACGCGCUCCGGAGAGGGCUGGAGGAGGUACUUGAUAGAUACUUCACUUCGUCAUCAUGUCAUGAGCAUGAUUUUUCGUUAUAUCGUUCAUGCUCGUUUGUAUUCCUGAGUGGUCUGCGGCGCUAAUACAAUUUCAAUUACUAUGUGGUCCGGACAGGAGGAAGAUAGAGAUACAUACGCUCACACAUCAUAAAAAUCCAUCGCUUUUUAAACGACACAGGUGAAAACGGAGUAUGUGAUGGUGGUGCAGCACGACCGUGCCUUUGUGGAGCAGGUGGACUUACCUCGCGCGCUUGAGUUGAUGGAACAGGAAUCUAAAAUCCGCUACAUCGGCUUCCAAUCGCGGACCAACGCCAACUACCCGAACCGCAUGCUCGGUCGCUACGGCGAGUGGGCCCGGAUGCCGUACUUCUGCGACCAGCUGCACAAACCCAAGCGGGGCCAGGUGGUCUUGGAGGAGUUGGAGAAGAGUAGCAAGGUGAUUUCCAAAUCUGUACAGUUGCAGCCGCUGCUGUCGAAGGAGACUACAGGAGAUGAAACUGGCUCUUGUACAACGUCACCGGACGGCGCAGAAGAUCUACGACCUCCGACGACAGGCGAUAUUCUUGGCGCCGGCAUUACGUCUUCAAAAGCGGCGGCUUGCGGUGAUGAAAGUGCACAGGUGCAGCACAACGCGAGCCCCCGCGGCGAAACCAACAGUGGCGCCGGGAGGUCCAGCACAAGCACGCCGACUGGCAGAGAGACCACCACGACCAGAGCAAGACACUUGAGCUACUCGCCCGUAUACAACCAACCCUCACGACCAAAUUCUGCGUCGUCAUCUUGUUCCGCGGUGAAGAUGGAAGUGCACGACUCCCCAACAGCAGCUCCAAGAUCAUCUUCAGCGUCGCCUGAGCCUGUUGAAAAUGUGAAGCGAAAUCUUUCCGUGCCCAUCCAUACCAACUCGGUGAACUUGCGAAAAAACAACAGGAGCCCCGACCCGAGCCCGACAAACCGGAAGAAAAAAAGCAGGGCGCAACAAUUUCGAAUACCAAAGACGAGUUCAUUAUCGAGGGGCACUGGAGCAACGGAAGCAGUGGAUGCCACCCCGCCCCGUUGCGAAGACGACGAGGCAGCUGGGGAAGUAGAUCAAACACCCGCUGCUCUUGCCGAU